CUGAAGUUCACACAGCUCUGGACUUUUUUGUACUUUGUGGCUGAAAUUUCGGCACCAAGUCAUCAUAAAAAUACCAGCAUCAUUGUGUAAUGUUUUUAGGAUUCCUUUCAUUGCCGAGCUGCAUCUUUCCCUCCCCUCCCUUGCCAUGGCUGCCGGCUUAUACAACUUAUUUUAUUUACCCUUUAUUUUCGCCUUCUUUCUUUUUGUUUUUCCAUCGGUCAAUUCAGUAAACUUUCAGAUAUCUCGCUUUGAACCCAAUGAUGACAGGAUUCUCUAUCAGGGUGAGGCAAGCCCUUCCGAUGGAAUGAUUAAUUUUAACAGUUUGGACAAUUUGUACAGAGUAGGAUGGGCUACAUAUGCCAACAGGGUGCCGCUGUGGGAGCCUAAAACAGGGAAGCUUUCUGACUUCAGUACCCGUUUUGCCUUCAGCAUCGACAUCAGCGACCUUUCUGAUUAUGGUCAUGGCUUUGUCUUCUUCCUGGCUCCUGCUGGAUCUCAAAUCCCACCAAAUUCAGCUGCUGGGCGUCUGGGCCUUUUCAACACUUCGCAGUGGGUUUCGACUCUGGGCCAAGUUGUCCUGGUUGAGUUCGACACUUACAAAAAUGGCUGGGAUCCUGAUCAACUUAAAAACCACGUGGGGAUUAACAACAAUUCGAUCGUUUCAGCCGUCUACACCAGAUGGAAUGCAAGCAUUCAUAAUGGAGAUACUGCGGAUGUAUUGAUUACUUACAAUGCUACAACUAAGAAUUUGAGUGCAUCUUGGAGCUACCGCGCCACCAAUAAUCCUCAGGAAAAUUCUAGUCUGAGUUAUCAAAUUGAUCUUAUGAAGGCUCUACCUGAGUGGGUCAUGAUUGGGUUUUCAGCUGCCACGGGUGUGAGUACAGAGCAACAUAUUCUUCAUUCGUGGGAGUUCAAUUCAACAUUGGAAAGAGAGGAAAGUGGUCGAACUACAGCAAGAAAUGUUAAAAUAGUGGUAGGUACUGUAGUUCCUCUAGGUGUUUUGGUAGCUGGGACCGUCAUAACACUCGUCAUUUUCAGGCAGUGGAAGAAGAACAUGAAAAGAAAAACAGAAGAGACAGCAAACUUAACAUCAAUCAAUGAUGCCCUCGAAAGAAGGGCUGGACCUAGAAGGUUUUCUUAUAGUGAUCUUGUCUCUGCCACCAACAAUUUCUCAGAACAAAGAAAGUUGGGCGAAGGAGGGUUCGGUGCAGUUUAUAGGGGUUACCUACCUGAUUUAGACAUGGUAGUUGCUGUAAAAAGGAUUUCAAGAGGGUCAAAACAAGGCAAAAAGGAGUAUGUAACUGAAGUGAAGGUCAUUAGCCAGUUAAGACACCGGAAUCUGGUGCAACUAAUUGGUUGGUGCCAUGAUAGAAGUGAGUUCAUACUCGUCUACGAGUUCAUGCCAAAUGGUAGCCUUGAUUUCCACCUCUUUGGCCAAAAAAUUCCACUUUCUUGGCCUGUCAGGUAUAAAAUAUCACUCGGAUUAGCGUCUGCACUUCUUUAUCUUCAUGAAGAGUGGGAGCAGUGUGUAGUGCAUCGGGACAUCAAAUCUAGCAAUGUAAUGCUGGAUUCUAGUUUCAAUGUUAAACUCGGUGACUUUGGGUUGGCCAGGCUCAUGGACCAUGAGCUAGGCCCCAAGACAACAGGGUUGGCAGGGACUUUAGGCUACUUGGCUCCGGAGUAUGUAAGCACAGGUAGAGCAAGUAAAGAGUCGGAUGUGUAUAGUUUUGGAGUGGUAUUGUUAGAAAUUGCUACUGGAAGAAAAUCCACUCAUGGCAUAGAAAAUUUUGAAAUGGGAUUGGUAGCGUGGGUUUGGGACCUUUACGGGCAAGGAAAGCUUCCUUUGGCUGUUGAUGAGAAGUUGAACAAGGAAGUUGAUGAGAAACAAGUGGAGUGCUUGAUGAUUGUUGGACUGUGGUGUGCUCACCCUGAUAGUAGUUCGAGACCCUCGAUCAGGCAAGCAAUUCAAGUUCUCAAUUUUGAUAUAGAGAAGCCAAAUCUUGCUAUGAAGAUGCCUGUUCCUACAUAUCUUGCACCUACACAAUUAGUCACUAGCGAGGAACCUUUGUUAACUAAUUCAAGCAUGGAAGUGGGUCGUUAGAUUCGAUUUCCCUACCAAGGCCCUAGACCAUUUUAAUUGUUUUGCCUUCUGCAUCUAUUAUGUAAUUACCAAAAUUCAAUUUGAAUGUAUCGACUCAUAGAGCUACUGGGAGAUAUUUUGCACUAUUACAGCCAAAGUGAGUAUAUGUUU